AUGUCUAGAAGACAAAUCGAUAUCGACAAGGACAGGGCCACCGUGCUCCUCCUUAUCAAUACCCAUCUUAUAAAAAAAGCGUACCAGAUGUACGUCUCUCUCUUGAGCAACCCGCCAGCGCUCCAGCUGUUGGCUCCUCAAGGCAGACAGCAGGUUUUGGAACAAUACCUGAACUUGAACAAAAGACUCCAAUGCAACCUAUCUGUCUUGUCGUAUAUCAACGACACGUAUCAUAACAAGGCUGCUGCGCAACAGCCCAACAGAUUGCAAUUCCCCGUGAUCCUUCUGGCACCAGCAGAACUACCCGAAUUGCGCCAGCUAUAUAAGCGGCUUCAGGACCUUUAUCCCGAGGCGUUGCAGUUCUUGAAGGCAAAAUUACAGCAAAUCAAACAGCAUCAGGGAAUGCAGAGGCCUGGAAUGGUCCAGCUACCCCCACAAAAUCAGCAGGGACCCCUUCAGGGUGGUCCCAUGCCUCAGCAGAGCCCAUACGAUCAGUUUGCAGUGCCACCAAACUCGGACAUGAACAGGGCUCGGGCUCAAAAGCCAGAUCAGCCACAGAAACCCAUGAACAUGCCACAGAGCCUGUUUAUGGGCCCACCAAAGGACGACUUCCAUGCAUUCAAUAACAACCCUAAUGCUCCCAAUGGUCCAGGUGGACCGGGCGGACCUGGUAACGGCGGCUUUGCUGGGGGCUUCAACGAAAACCCCGACAUGCCCAUGAACAUGCUGUCGAUCCUGCCUCAACAGAUUUUGCAACAACAGCAGCAACAGCAGCAGCAGCAGCAAAAUGGCGGUGCCAACGAGUUCCUGAUGGACUUCUACUAG